AUGCACCUUUCGCGCUUGCUAUCAUUGGCAGUAUGGGCCACAGCGACUUUAGGUGCGCGGGCAUGUGCGACUGCUGAUGACUGCAGUCUGAACGGUCUCUGUGUUCCCGGCAAGAACUCAAACACUACCUCAGUCUGCCGGUGUGAUCCGGGCUGGUUCGGCUCUGACUGUGGGCGUCUUGAUCUCGCGCCGGCUACCAGAUACAGUGGCUUCAACAACACCAACUACACCGCACCAGACCACUACAACAACCGUGGUAACUCAUCCUGGGGCGGUCAAGUUGUCCAAGACCAGCAUGAUCGCAAGCUCUUUCAUCUUCUGUACGAUCAAUUUGCGCACGGCUGUGGAUUGAGUGGAUGGCGACCAAUGAGCUUCAUUGCAAGAGCUGAAAGUACGAGUGGACCACAAGGACCUUAUUUGUGGAAGCAGAAUGUGACUAGUAGCUUCAGACACAACGCGUACGUGUAUUGGAGUCCGGUGGACGAGAGGUAUUUGCUCUGGAGCAUUGGCGUGGAUGUGCCAGAUCCGAAGCAGUGUGGCGGCAUCAACAAAGCACAGUGGCCAAAUAACAUCUCUGUCUCUUCAGCACCCACAAUCCGCGGCCCAUGGUCUCCGUUCAAGAUCCUCAUCAAUGGAACGAACCCUGCUCCUGCACCACUUUGGUCUCCUGGUAACCGAACGAGCGAGACGGUCCUCGUCGCCGAAGACCUCAAGAUCUUCACUGCCCCAUCUUACAACGGACCGUACACUCAAGUCUUCACUGCUCCCUGGAAUACCUCAGACUACUCCCCAACGUGGGCAGAAGAUCCUUUUGUAUGGCACGACAAGCGUGGGAACUGGCAUGCCCUUGCACAUUGGAUGAUCGACAUCACAGAGCGAAAUCAGAAGUACCCUCGUGUUGGUGCGCAUAUGUUUGCGCGCAACUUGACUGGGCCGUGGACAUUCAAGUUACAGGAAGCAUUCAAUUCGACCGUGAACUUUACGGACGGCAGUAUUGAGACAUUCAAUCGGAGGGAAAGACCAAAGCUGUUCUUCAGUGAUGAUGGUGAGGUUACACCGUUGUACAUGGUUAAUGGUGUGCAGCGGCUCGGUACGACAACAGAGAGCUAUACGUUGGUCCAGCCUGUCGGAACGGCUUGGAAAGAUUACGAGAAGAGACUGGGGUUCUGA